AUGCCGCCAUUCUCUGAUCCAUACUGUAACUGGCUGGCAUACCGGGACUUGUGCGCAAUUGCCUUUAUUCUAGAACCGGAAGGCUGUUGCAGAAGCGGACUCGAGAGAGACCCGGUGAUCACUUGCCGCUUCAGUAUCAAGCGUGUUACCAGGAACCAGGAACGUUGGAGGAGAUGGUUGCUCAGCUGUCGGCCGCCCAUGGGUUCAUUAGGCAGCAUCCACGAGGGAAUGCCACAUGGCGAUUCCCCCUUCCCACGAACUCUGUUGCUUUUUUCUUUGAGUUCGACGAGAAACCUGUCAGACUGCAGGUCUCCUGCUUUGCUCGCGUGGACUCGGCAACUUCCAGCCCCUGAUCGUUGUUGUCUUUACAUAAGACUUGACUGGAUCCCAAAGGAUCCAUCCGUUUACAUUACCUGCAUCUUUUUCACGCUUCCGGAUCAGCGGUGUCCCCCCUGGCACUGGACGACGAUCGCUCGGCAAGCUGUCCCCUUGGGCCGCUCGGGUAUCCGUGACUCUGGGAGAAUCUUUUCAACGUCGCUCUUUUCUUUUUUGCAUGUUUGUUGGACACUCACGAUGGAUUCAUCUCUGCUUUGGGCUCGUUCAGGGCCUCCGCCAUAUCCAGAUGUAACAAAAAUCCCCACGCCGCCUCUUCAGGAGAAGGGUCUUGUGGUAAUGUUUCUUUUCCCAUCUCUGGCCAUUAUUAUCGUGAGUAUGCGGAUGUAUAUCCGUGUGACCAUGCGGCUGGUUGGCCUUGAUGAUUACCUCGUGUUGGCUGCUCUCCUUUUUGCUUUAUUGAUGGUUGGACCUCUUUUCAUGUUCAUGAAGCUUAACUACUGGGGAUGGCACAAAAAAGACGUCCCCGACUUCGAUCCAAGGGCCGGAUACUGGUGGAACUUUCUCGUCCAGAUGUUCUACAACCCAGUCCUCGCCCUCGUCAAAGCCUCGAUCCUCGUUUUCCUCCUUCGCCUCGGCGGUCACAAGCGGUCGGUGCGAUAUGCGAUUCACGCCCUGAACAUCUUUAACGCGCUUCACGCCGUCGCCAUCUUCUUCACGGCUCUGUUUCAGUGCAUUCCACUGGCGGCAAAUUGGGAUUUUUCGCUACGAGAGGACCCUGACACGAAGUGCAUUCACAAUUCGUUUCACGUUAUUGCGUCUUGCAUCACGAUUCUUACCGACUUCUUGGUGCUUGCGCUGCCUUUUUGGAUCUUCCUGGGCCUCACGAUGCCCUGGGCAGCGAAAUUUGCGGUUAUUGGAGUGUUUGUUAUGGGUUCUGUUGUGGCCAUCGUCGGUAUCAUCCGGGUUGUGGGAAUUUACGAUCUCCUCCUUAGAACUCACGGCCCCGAAGAAGAUACAACCUAUAGUAUCUCACCCGUAUGGUCCAUCGUCGAAACGAACCUUGCCAUUAUCUGUGCCUCGAUACCUGCCCUCCGGGGCCUCUUCCGACGAUGGUUCCCCAAGCUAUUCGGCGGAAGUUCGAGAAAGACAACUAGCGCUCCUUACGGAAACACAUAUGGCAGUGCCACUCGGGGAACCAAUGGAAUGCGGUCUGUUAAUUACGAUGGACCCGGCGACAUUCGGUUGAAGGACCUUCGGGGGUCGCGAGCCCAUCAUACUGAGAUCCGGAGCGUAUCACCGAACGGAUCUGAAGAGGAGAUCAUGACGUACAAUGGCAUCAUGCGAACAACAAAUGUGGAUGUGGCUUAUGAGAGUCCUUCCAAGCAUAGUGUGUCGGAACCUCGAACAUCAAGCGAGUUGAAAUUUGAGAGCAAGGAACCCGAGGUUAGGCUGGGAGUAUAA